AUGGACCAAUAUGAAAAAACAACGCCUACACGCAAAGCUUUUCCGUAUAUGAAACUGUGGCUAAUAUUGAAAGACUCCCCAAAAUGGAAAGAGCAAACGGAAGGAAGUUCCCAAUCUUCCGGUUCAAAGCGUUCGAGAAACCCCGAUGGAACUUCUCAACAAUCGGACGGCCGAACACACAUCGACAUCAACGACGAUCCGAUAGAUCUUAAAACCGACCAACCUCUUCCUCGGCCCGUUGGAAGAAAUAAAGCAAAAAAAGCGGCGUCAACAUCUUCGAAUUCUAGUGUUAUGGAUAUAUUCGGCGAUAAAUUUGAUCGAUAUGUGCAGCUUCAAGAAACGAAGGCCGAGGUGAUGACUCGGAUGGAACAAAAAAUGAUCGAAGCACAAACAUCAUUUCAAGAGGCACAAGAGACACUCCAAACAAAAACCGAUAUGGAAAUCUUGAAAAUGAAAGCGGACGACCUUGAGGGCGAAGACUUGGAACUUUUCCAAGCAAUGAAAGAGUCGGUUCGAGCCCGACGUAGGCGUAGGGGGUAG